AUGUCUUCGGCAGCAGAACUCCUCCAACUGCCCGCGAUGGUGCUCCGUCGAGCACCUCGCCUCACUGCCGGCAUCUCUCAGAUAACCAAUCGCCCUGCCAUUCCAGGCAAAUUGGCCGCCAUUUCCCAUGGCAAGCUUCGGCGAGAAGCCGAAUCCCAAACCCCCGACCUUCGUCGCUGCCUAGGCCACCACAACAUCCUCCGCAGAUGCGUGAAAGCUGCCCAGGAAGACGAUGCGCGAUUCAUCAAAGAAACAUACUACGACGACGAACCAGACGAGGACUUUACUCCGCCGAAGCGCGACUCCGACUUCGUCCAUGUCCGGACCCAGAUAACCAACGCCGUCAAGGCAAUGGUGCGCAACCGCUCCGAAGCCGCCGAGAAAGCCCAAGCCGAUGAACUCGUGCGCAUGUCAGCGCGCGCUUCAGAGAUACCCAAUCGUUCCAAACGACGCCAGCGUCUUUCAGCCAUGCUCGGGCUUAAGCGCAAGACCUUUCCGCACACUGCAGGACAUAUGCAGGUACAAGCUGUCGGUUGA